UUUUGAUGACGUAGAGCAGUUUUAGAUUCCAGAAUUUUUUCCUCUUCUUCAAAUCUGACAUUCUCCUAAAGAGCGUUAGCUGUCAGUAUUCUUUAUAGUUUAUCGUUACUGCAGUAUUUAUUAGUGUUUUGUUCUGUAUGAGUCUAUACAUCCUCUCACUCCUACCCUACGUUAUAUUGAUUUUUUUUUAAAAAAAGAAGAAACAUCGUUAAUUCUUUUCCCCAUUUCUACAAAACUGCUGCAAACAAUCCGCUCACUCUUAAAAAUACUAAGAAAUUAUUUGUACAUUUGUGUUAAUAAUUUUAGAUCUCAAUCUUUGCUUGAUUAAGCUACCGUCUCAUUAUAUUAAUGAACACAAGCAUUACCAAAAUUAAUAUCGUAAAGUUUUUAUAUAUAUUUAUUUUGUAUUUUCAUAGAACUUGUUAAUAUUUAUUUACCAAAGAGGAAGACAUUUUUAAUUUAUGUUGUACGUGUUUUUUUUUAAUUUAGUUAUACUGUUACACUUUUUUGUGGGUCGCUCCGUUUUUCUUCUUUUUUUUUGAGAAUUGAACACAGAAGAUAAUGUCUGCCAAAACGUCAAGAGGUCCUUUGCAAAAUACAGUGAGAGUAACUGAUGAGCUGAAGAGACAGUUUGAUGAUUUGCUUCACGAAACAAUAGAAAAGGAUGUUUUGGAGCCUGCACAAAAGAAAGAAUUCUAUAAAAGGUGCAUGCAGUUAAAGAACGCCAUUGAAAAAAACAGGGAAGCACUUCUCAAAUUAAACAAAACAGAUGAACCUGCCCCCGUAGGGAACUAUGAACAAAAGAAGCAAGAUGAAGAAAGAAGAUUAGUAAAGAUGUCUCGUAGGUUGCAGACACUAGCAGAAACCCUUGCAAAUGUAGAUGAAAGUGUCAAAGAUGGACCGUCUCCUAGUAAUCAAAUUAAAGAUGAUGGUGAUGAAGAAGACAGUGGUGAAGAAGAUGAUUAUGAGGAGGAUGACAAUGCGGAGGACGAUGAAGAUGAGGAAGAAGAAGAGGAUGAAAAUGAAUUAGAUUCUACUAUUAGAGAAUUUAUAACUAUUGGAGAUUUCCAUGCUCAACAGAAAGAAGAUUUAACUUUCAAAAAAGGGGAAGUGCUGCAUAUUCUGAAUAAAAAGCCUGAUGGUUGGUGGUUGGCCCAGGAUUCUAAAGGGAAUAAAGGCAUUGUCCCAAAAACCUACCUGCAGGUAUAUAAAAAAGGUGAACCAAGUCCAGAUCCUAGUGAGGAAGAAAGUGAAGAUGAUGGGGAGGAGACAACAGAUGUCAAACCUAUUAAGCCUACAGAAGAGUCCAUUUCUCAGUUGAAUUCAUCUAAGAAGAGCCAAGAGCAGAUGAGUUCGGCCGAUGCUUUGACAACCAUGGGUACAAUACCUUCUGGCUUCCGAAUGUCAACACUGGCACAGCUCCUAGAGCAAGGUGAACAAUACUGGCAGCACUCAUACCUAAAGCCUGACAAAAAGCCUGAACGUCUGGAACUUCAGCCAGACGUUUGCAAGCGCGAUAGCUCUGGGAUUCAAUCCCUCCCUACACGCAUCUCAUUGAUCUUGACAUUGUGGAGCUGUAAAAUGAUACCUCUACCAGGGGCAACUAUUCAGAUCCUCAGCAGACAAGUGCGACUCUGUUUGUUUGAUGGUGUCAAAAUUUUGAGCAACAUUCACACAGUCAGAGCUUCAUGGCUGCCGAAACAUUUCAAAACCUGGACGUUUUCGCCUCGGGUCACCGGUAUUCUCCCCAGCAUACUAGAUGGUGAUUGCUUCAUCAGAUCCAGCAAUCAGUCUCCAGAAAUUGGAAUACUAUUUGAGCUAGGAGUCACCUAUAUGCGCAAUUCUACAGGUGAAAGAGGAGAACUGAGUUGUGGAUGGGCCUUUUUAAAACUUUUCGAUGUCAACGGAAUGCUGUUGCCUACCAAGACGUACGAGCUUACUUUGAAUGGGGGUACACCGUAUGAACGAGGUGUAGAAGUUGAUCCAUCUAUAAUAAGACAAGCAAAUACUGGAGUUUUUCAUCAAAUGAUGACCCACAGAAGGCAACCUCGACUUUUAGUAAAACUUAGAUCUUUAAACACAAGAAGAAGAGAUAUGCUAAACUUGCUUCCUGAAACUUUGGUCGGCAGCUUGUGCCACAUUCGUUUGUUGGCGUUCUAUCGACAAAUCCUUGGUGAUGUGCUACUGAAAGAAAGAAAAAGCAUGCAGAAUGCAGAUCUGAUUUGCAAUCCUUUAUUGGCGACAUUUCCUAGACUUUUGGAGCAAACAGAUAUCAUGGAUGCCUUACGAAGUGGUUGGGCAGAAAAAGAGAACUCUUUGAAACGCUCGCAGAAGAGAGACAGAGAGUUCAUGAAAAAUGCAUUCAUUCAUGUCUACCAUGACACUGCAUACCCUCUUCUAGAGUCCAUUAUACUGCAGGGAUCCAAGUGGAAGGAGGAUGAGACAGAAGCCACCCGUUGGAAAGUUAUUGCUGACUUUCUAAAACAAAACCGCGAGAAAGAUGGAUCUCUCUACUUUCUCUUAUCCUCUGACAUUAUUCACAAGCCAUUUGAUAUCUCUGAAAUUACAUAUGAUUUUCUUGAUGCUGCAAGAAAAUAUGAUAUUUCAUCAUGACAUUUCCACAUUGCAUAAACAAUGAAGAACUUGUCAUUAGCAUUUUGUAUAAUAAAUUGAAUGUUCAUUAUAUUAUUGUUUUCAAUAUUUAUUUUAUAUCAUCAAUUUAAUUUAAUGGACACUUUUUCUUUCAUGAUUCAGAUAGAACAUAUUCAAACAAUUUUCCAUUUGACUUCUAAUAUCUAAUUUGCUUAGAUAUCUUGGCAUACUUCAUUAAAAAUAAUACCUAGGUAUGCUCAGGGGCUGGUAGCUAGCUACUGAUUGGGGUGGCUCCACAUAUAUGCCUCUUGUCAUUUGGCUUACUGAUGUGUUAAGCUAGCUCUCAGUAGUGCAUUGCUGCUCCUACAGUAAAGGAUACUAAGAGAAGGAAGCACAAUUGAUUAAAAAAAAGCAAAUUGGAAAUGUCUGACUCAUAAAAGGAAAAAAAAUGUUUUUCAUGUCCCUUUAAUUUUUAAUGUGCAAUUUCAGUAUGUAAAUUACACUUUGAUACAGUUUACAAAAAUAACACAUUUAUGUACCUUGUGUUCUUAAACAAAAAAUAUAGAGAAAUAAAGUUUUAAUAAAAUAA